AACAUUUCUCAUAUUUAGUUCAAUUAAUCCAAUUAAAUAAAGGAAAACAUUUUUUCUGCAUCACUUGUUACAAGAAAAAAUAUCAAAAUGAACGUGAUACAAGCAGUCAAGAUGUAUAUAACGAAGAUGACGGAGGAAAGUGGGCCAGGAAUGAAAGUUAUUCUUAUGGAUAAAGAAACUACAAGUAUAGUGAGCAUGGUGUUCAGCCAGUCCGAGAUCCUUCAGAAGGAGGUGUAUCUGUUCGAGAGGAUCGACAGCCACUCCAAGUGGGAUAACCUCAAGCACAUGAAGUGUAUUGCCUUCCUGCGGCCCACGUCGGAGAACAUAGCACUGCUUUCUAGAGAGCUGCGGUACCCGAAGUAUGGUGUCUAUUUUAUAUAUUUCAGCAAUGUGAUCUCGAAGGCAGACAUCAAGACUUUGGCAGAGUGUGACGAGCAGGAGGCAGUGAGAGAGGUGCAAGAAGUGUUUGCCGACUACCUUGCUGUUGACCGCCAUCUCUUCUCCUUCAAUAUCGUCGGGUGCUUGCAUGGUCGAUCCUGGAACCAGACGCACCUGCAGCGCUGCGCGCAAGGCCUCCUCGCCGUCCUGCUGUCCCUCAAGCGGCGCUGCGCGGUGCGCUACGAGGCGGCCGCGGAGCCCUGCGCGCGCCUGGCGGAGCGCGUGCGCGACCUGCUGCGGCGCGAGGCCGCGCUCGUGGACAACAACGUGCCCAUCAAUGGCGACCUGCCCACGCCGCAGCUGCUUAUUAUUGACAGGAGGGAUGAUCCUGUCACACCACUACUAAGCCAGUGGACGUACCAAGCGAUGGUGCACGAACUCCUGACGCUGCACAACCACCGCGUGAGCCUCUCACACUUACCCGACGUGCACAAGGACUUCAAGGAGGUGGUGCUGUCCGCUGAGCAGGACGAGUUCUACGCCAAGAACCUGUACUCCAACUUCGGUGAGAUCGGGCAGACGAUGAAGUCUCUAAUGGAGGAGUUUCAGAAGAAAGCCAAGAGCCACGAGAAAGUUGAGAGUAUCGCUGACAUGAAGAGCUUUGUGGAGGCUUACCCGCUCUUCAAGAAAAUGUCCGGCACAGUAACAAAGCACGUAACGGUGGUGGGCGAGCUAUCGUCGAUGGUGGCCAAGCGGUCUCUGCUGGCCGUCUCCGAGUUGGAACAAGAGCUGGCCUGCCAGAGCGACCACGCCAAACAUCUACAGCGCCUAAAGGCCCUACUAGCCAACGACUCGGUCCGCCACCACGACGCAGCGAAGCUCGUAGCUCUAUACGCCCUCCGCUACGAGAAGCACGCCUCCAACGCCCUCGGGACCCUCGUCGAAGCCCUGAAGGCGCGGGGCUGCCCUGAGCCACUUGUCAAAAAUGUACUGCUGGUGUUGGAGCACGGCGGCGCGCAUGCGAGGCAGAGCGACCUCUUCGGGCUGCAGGAUGCUGUCAAAAUCACUAAGAGGCUAUUCAAGGGCCUCAGCGGCGUCGAAAACAUCUACACCCAGCAUACACCCCUCCUCAAAGACACCCUUGAAGACCUCAUCAAGGGCAAGCUGCGUGAAAAUCUGUACCCGACCCUCGGCGGGGACGAGGCCUACGGCCGUCGGCCCCAGGACAUCAUAGUAUUCAUCGUCGGUGGCGCCACCUAUGAGGAAUCGUUGUGCGUUCAUCAGAUCAACCAAGCGUACCCGGGAGUUAGGGUGGUGCUUGGUGGGACGACUAUUCAUAAUUCGGCGUCGUAUUUCGAAGAGGUGAAGGCCGCGAUGCAGGGCGUGCAUAGGAUACAUACGAGGCAUAUUAGGAAUGUUUAGAGUAACCGAAUGCUUGCCAGGCUGGGAUGAGUACUUGUGUGUUGUAAAUAUUUAUACAAUUUAAUCUGCAGCACGAAUAAUGUAAGAUUCCCACCGACCGGCUGGAAUCGGGCCGCGGGGGAGUGCAUUUUCAAUGUACAAUCACCUGCAAUAAUAUGUUACACAACGAAGGCCACAAAAAUAUCUGACAGGAUCUUAUUUGUAGAGCCACAAGAGCGUGUCACAUAUUUUUGCGGCCUUCGAAGAGUAACAUAUCAUUGCAGGUGACUGUACCUAUACGCAGGGCCGUCUUAAACUAUGCUGGGGCCCUUGGCCACAUAAGAAUUUGGGGCCCUUUUGUAAAGUAAAGGAAGCGAAUUAACCCUUUACCAGGCUAUGGGAUAUAAUUUCCCACAUACGGCAAUUCAAACAUGUGUUGUAUUUUCCAUGAGUAAGACUGACAAUCGAUUGUCGUUUUUGAAAUGUCAGCCUGGUAAAGGGUUACUAACAUGUUUCUACUAUGAUCUUUUUAUUAUGGGUAGUCAAAUAUACUGUUACUGUCUGUCCUUCGGGGCCCUCUGACGAUGGGAGCCCUGGGCACGGGCCCCAUGUGCCCUUAUGGUAAAGACGGUAUUGUCUAUGACAGAAGCGAUGGAGUCCGUCCGGAGCCGGCCGCAUCCGCGAGGAGCCGACCGGCUUGCGGCCGUACAAAUGUAAAAUGCGUUCCGAGUUUCCGACUCCACCCGUUCGGUGGGAAUCGUACUUAAGCGUUGAAUUGGUGAACUACCAAAUCUUGAGGUCUUCGAUAAUUAUGCUAAUAUGCGUUGGCAGUUGUUUCCUUGUCACAUAUUUCCGCCUCAAAAAUGAAGCAUGACAUGCAAACGAGGCAUAUGUUUAUUCAUGUUAUUCCCAAUAGUUACCAUUAACUUAUUGAUACAACUAGUCUCAACUGUCAAUAUCGAAAUCAGAUAUAUCGGGAUGAUGGCCAGUUGUUCCGAUAUUUAUGAGUACUCUGGCCGCCGUGAUAUAUUUGGUAGCACUUGUACUAUUACGUUAAGGGGCUACCCGAGAUUUUUCAUCGAUUUUUGACAAGUUUUGAAUUGUAUCUCCUUUUUUUGCACUACAGAUAGAAUUAUAAGAUAAACGGUUAUCGGUUCUUCAAUCUUAUAUCUCCGUUUUUGUCUACCGGAUUUUGAGUGAAAUGAAUACUUAUAUUUUUAUGAUUUUUUAAAACAUUGUCUAAAAAAACACUUUUUUCGUAUCUAGUUUGCUGUGAAGGAUCUCACAUGUACGAAAUCUACAUAUUUAGGUUCGUCUUUGACGUCUCGAAAAACGUGUCUAGGGUUUUAAUUUUAAACUAAUUAACAUAAGAGUUAUGGCCAGAAAACCAGUUUUUUAGCUUAAAAUUGUUCAACUUUGAUGCCAAAUAUUUCGUUAAAAAACUUUGAAGUAAAUGUGGGAUACUAUAUUGCUUAAAGCCGCUGCUGUUAAUAUGAUAAGCUACAAAAAACAUUAGAAAACUAAGGGAUUCAGAUCGAAGGUCAUUGGCGUGGGGUAGCCCCAUUCAUUAUAACACGUUGGCUACCAUGACGUGGGAUCAAAAGCUUACUUAAAUUCCUAUUGGGCGUGGGAGCAAUACUGUACUGUAGGUGUAGUAUGGUGGGCAGUCAACGUGUUAAUCACCUGUAUGAUGGUAACUGCUGGUAAUAACAUUUUAUCCAACUCUAGUAUUUUUAAGCUUUACCAUAUAAGCAAUUUAUUUAUUCCCCUAAUCUUAAGAAUUGUAAUUACAAAUAAAUGAAAUAAAACACGUGAAUGUUGUGUUCAAAACACGUUUUUUUUACUUUUUUAUUGAAAAAUAAUUGCGGCCACAGAUGUUCGUGGUGAACAAUUACGAGUUAUUUAAAAAAACCAUCCUGCCAUCGAGUUUGGCACAGAGUGCUUCACGCCUUCGUCCCAGCUUCGCUUUAAG